GCUAAUUAGCAAAGAAUUAAUUUACGAAUACAUUGGACUGUAAACUCCAUAUUCGAUUUUUUUAUUAUUUUCCAUCCUGUCCUAAAAUUCUCAAAUGAAUAAAUUUUGCCAAAUAAACUAUAUUCUAGAUGAUCACACCGUCAUCUUUGUCGCGAUCUGUGUGGUCGGUGUUAAUAUCUUUUACUUUGAUCCCACCGCGAGCACCAUUGCUGUGCCUUUUAUGACUAUUAUGUGUUGUGUGAUGGUGGCCCUGAACGUCCUCCUCAAGCGCGUCCUUAACCAAGCGCGUCCACCAGGGGCCCUAAAGGAAAGUUCAGGCAUGCCAAGCAACCACGCAGCGUCCCUUAUGUUCCUGUCCAUCCUUGCCUGUGAAGGGCUGCAGCGUAGCCAGGUGAAAUCUUUAUACCCAUGUAGAGCUUCUACUUUCUCCUGUGCUACUCGUGUUAAUAGUGUCCUGUGGCUCAUGCAGGGAUUAAUCCUCACCUGUGCCAUCUACGGCUCGGCUCUCCGCGUGAUUUGUGGCGCCCACACCGCACCGCAGGUGUUUGUAGGUGGUGUGUUCGGCUUCAGCUCCGCCGUUCUUGUGAUGAGGUUGAACUACGCCGGGUACACCGGUUUGAGGGCCGGAGGCCGCAUCGAUGAGAUCGGGUACACUAUAAAGUGUUUACUACUGUUAAUAUCCAUCGGGACAAUUGCAUUUACAGUUAAAGAAAUAAUAUAUGACUAUAAACGAUACAUAACAACUACUAAAUAUAUAAUGAGGAAGAGAAAAGAGAGAAAUUGGAAUUGAUAUUUCUAUCUUUAUUAGUUUUAUUUUUAGAAAAAAAAGUGAAAAUUUUGGAUGGCAUCAUUGUUUGAUUUUCUUUGUGGUUUACCCUUUUUUCAAGGAUUGGAAUAUUUUUUCAGCAUUUUUAUAUUUUGGAUCCCUUUCUAUUCUAUUUUUCCUAGAAAUAUAGAACAGAAAAGAAAAAAUUUUCCAUUUACUUUUGGAUUUUCCCGUAUUUAUGUUUGAUUUGGAUUUUUAUAUUUUUAUGUUUACCA